ACGAUUGCAUAUGACAAGCCUCUCCAGACAUGGGAAAGCAUGCCCGGGGAAUGCAUGAGACAGGAUCCAAUUAUCGAAUGAUUCCAUACUAAUGUAGACUAUGCAGACCAACGUGCGCGCACAGGAGGACAACGGUUUCCGUUUCUGAUUCAUUUGAGGACGCGGAUCUCAACUAUCUCGAGAUUAGCCGGUGCUGUUCGGUGUCAUCGCUCAGUCUCCACCUCAUCCUAUUCAAGAUUCAACCUCGUUUGGUAGACUAAAUGCAGGCCAUCUUUUUCUCAAAUGCAAAACAGCGUUUUGGCUAUCUUGUACAGACAACCGUUUUUUUCUGGAUGUAUUCAUACGCCAUACCUUCGUUUGCGCUGGGUGAACACUGGUUUGACUAUAGCUUACCCUACCCUAAUAAUUGCGUGCUGAAGUGACGAUGACGGCCUGUCCUCCGACCUAUGUUUAUUUAUUCCGCAAGAAGAACGAGAACCUCCGCCAUCAGUGGAAAUGGAGAUAUGUUUUUGAAAUGUCUGCCAAAAACGGACCCAUUUAAGAUGGUUUGCACAAAGACUGCAUGUUUCCGAGCAGUCCGUUUGCUGUCACCAAAACAUGGAACUACGAAUAUGGGGUAUAUUUCAUAUUCAAAACCUACACUUUUGAGAUGGAGGAUAGCAAGAAAAUAAAUGUAAAACGGUGACUUUUUUUUCGAUGGAUCUCAAUCGCUUUUGAAAUAAUAGCCUGUUUUAAACCCAGGAGAAAGAUGAAUUAUUUUCUAAAUCGGUUCAAACGCAGAUGCUAUUCACCCUGAGGUAUUGUAGCCUAACAUAAGCAUGCAUCAUGUUAAUUUUUCACCAGCCAAUUUCGAUCAAUCAUUGAUACUUCUACAGGGGGGAGCAGGACUUGAUGUGGGAAUAUAUAAUCGACGAGGCUUUGACAAUAGACCUAGCUUGGUUGCAUAGAUGGCAAAUACAAGCGAGUUUGGGGAAAGCAAUCCUUCUCUACAGAAUUAUGCUAUCACCGCCUCUGCGGUGAAACUGGCCUCGCUUGGUUUGAUUAUUUGCGUCAGCCUGGUAGGGAAUGUGGCGCUGUCCCUGCUGGUGCUGAAAGACAGCUCUCUUCAAAAGGCACCAUAUUAUUUUCUACUUGAUCUGUGCUUAGCGGAUAUAAUACGAUCUGCCGUGUGUUUUCCCUUUGUAAUGAUAUCAAUCAGCAACGGUUCCACCUGGACAUAUAGCAUUAUAAAUUGCAAGAUUAUCGCUUUCAUGUCAGUCCUUUUUUGUUUUCAUGUAGCGUUUCUGCUAUUCUGCGUCAGUGUCACUCGAUACAUGGCGAUAGCACACCACAGGUUUUAUUCCAAACGAAUGACAUUAUGGACUUGUGUGGCAGUGAUAUGCAUGGUCUGGACCCUCUCCGUCGCUAUGGCUUUCCCUCCUGUAUUCGACGUCGGCACCUAUAAAUUCAUUCCUGAGGAGGAACAAUGCAUUUUCGAGCACCGAUACGUGAAAGCAAACGACACGCUGGGCUUCAUGUUGAUGCUGGCUGUCAUCGUGGGAACGACACACAUUGUUUACAUAAAGAUGCUGUGUUUCGUUUAUGACCACCGCAAAAUGAAACCUGCUCAACUGGUCCCAGCUAUAAGCCAAAACUGGACCUUCCAUGGGCCAGGUGCAACUGGGCAGGCAGCAGCCAAUUGGAUUGCAGGAUUUGGACGUGGUCCCACCCCACCAACAUUGGUGGGCAUCAGGCAAGCCUCGCAUAACGGAAACAGAAGGCUGCUUGUCUUGGAUGAAUUUAAAAUGGAGAAACGUAUUGGGAAAAUGUAUUACAUGAUAACCCUGACGUUUCUUCUCCUCUGGGCCCCGUACAUUGUUGCUUGCUAUCUUCGCGUAUUUGUCAAAGGAAAUACCAUUCCACAGGUCUACCUGACUGCAGCGGUUUGGAUGACGUUCGUUCAGGCGGGAGCGAAUCCCAUUAUGUGUUUCAUAUUCAACAAGGAACUAAGGAUGCGCUUGAGAGCCUGUUUCCCGUGUUGUCUGAGCACACAAACACCUAUGUCUAUAGAGCCUUACUGUGUCAUCUGAUCAUUUCUGCUGGAGUUUUAGACAAUGGAAAACGAACAUAACUGUUAUAUUGGUCUAGAACCCCUUGUUGGUGAAAUUGCUCUUUUGCAAUGCUUGUCCAAUUUUCCCACACAAGCUUAAGACCACAUUUUAUUAUUUGCACAUACAGAAAGUGCAAAAAGUUGCCAGUCUUGAUUUUAAGUACUAUAAUUUAACAUUUAAGAAUCUCAUUUAUUUUCUCUUUGAGUAUAGCCUAUGUCAAUUCUGUGAGAAGAACAUAAUGUAUGUAUAUUAUUUAAAGCAAUUUUAUUUGUUCUGGACUUUAAAAAAAGUAAUACAUUGUAUCUUUCAUAAAAUGUUCUAAGAAUUAUUUGUGUGGAGAUGUUAAAACUCACUUUAACAGUCUUUUGCAAAUACAUGUUCUUCCUGCAUUUUGACAUAUAAUAAAUAAAAAUGGUUCCCUUGCACAUUCCCUGUAAAAUAGACAAAUGCAAUUUUUUCUAUGGACAAUGAAAGAGGAACUAUAAAAGAAGAAAAGCAUCAGUGCUGCAGAGAGAUGUUUGCAUUGUUUGUACUUCAGAGUAAAUAAACUAAAAAUGAAUGAUUA